GGAAAAACUUUGUAUCAACACCAAACAUAAAAAUACUAAUGGAGUUUCCACACCACCACCAGCAUCAACGUCACCACCAACGCGACGACGGCGAAGACGAUCGUCACUCCUUCGGGCAACCACCGCCACGCGUUGAUGCUCCGCCACAACCUCAUGGCCUUUACCAGUCACAACCUCAUUUUGAUCCCUACGCGCCUACUCAAUCUCCGGCGCCUUACAGAUCAGAACCUCAAUUCGAACCCCACGCGCCUCCGCCUUAUCGAUCAGAGCCUUACUUUGAAGCUCCGGCACCACCGCCUGCGUUUGGUCAUGUGAGUCAUGUCGAUCAUCACUCCUCCAACGAAUCCUACCCACCGGAACACCACCGUUACGGAGGUUAUCCACCGCCGUAUAAUUCGACACUGGAAAGCCACGGAGGUCACACUGGUGUCACGCACGUGGCUCACCAUAGCUCAAAUCAGCCCCAAUCGUCUCCUGGUAUCUACCACCGCCCUGAUGAGAAUCGUGUACCUGAUAAUCUUGCCGGACUCGCCGGAAGGGCGACGGUGAAGGUGUACUCUAAGGCUGAGCCUAACUAUUAUAUGACGAUCAGAGAUGGUAAGGUUAUCCUCGCUCCAGCCGAUCCAUCUGAUGAAGCACAGCAUUGGUACAAAGACGAGAAAUACAGCACUAAAGUGAAGGACGCAGACGGUCAUCCUUGUUUUGCUCUUGUAAACAAGGCUACUGGUGAAGCAAUGAAGCAUUCUGUGGGAGCUACCCAUCCCGUGCAUCUGACUCGAUAUGAUCCUGAUAAGCUUGACGAGUCUGUACUAUGGACAGAGACAAAUCAGGUGGUGUCCGUGAUGGCACGACUAUUGUCCUCUGGGACUGGAACAAAGGCGACAACCAGCGCUGGAAGAUCUUUCCUUUUUGAAAAUUGGCGUCUGGAGUGGUAAAAAGUUGUUUUGUGUGUGUGUUUUAUGAAUAAGAAAGAAACAAAACUCAGAUUUGUUCAUUGUUUGUGUCUUUGUAAAGACUUGAUGGCAUCUGUAAUAUAUAUCUUACUUGUAUUCCAAAGUUUGCGUUUUUACAGAUACAUACACUUGUGUACAUGUGGUUUAUAAUUUUUUUUCUAAUCUAUUUUGAGAUUUUUCAUCUUCGUUUUGUUCAUAAAUUUCAAGAGUUGUA